CUGUAGAAGAGGAAGCCAGAAGCAGCGCUCCCCCCGCUCCUGGUUCCGGCCCUGCCCCUGCUCUAUGCGCCACUUCGCACAUCUGGCCAGCUGGUAACUCCCCCGCGGCGGCCCGCGGGGGGGCCACGCGGAGGCAGCAGGAGCCCCCGGACCCCGCCGGCUUGGCUCCUCCUCCAGGGCUUUAGUUGCUAGGCUCGUGCGCGAUUCUUCUCCCAACCACCGUCGCCCAGCUCCUGGGCGGAUCCUGCUAGGAGCCCAUUGAAUGGGGGAAGAAAACCAGCGUGGCCCCGUAGCAGGAGUGCGGCUCCGUAUCUCCCCAAAGCUACAGCUAUGUCGUGCCUGCCGAGGAAACUGGAGCUCUUCUACGAUCUGCUGUGCCCAUAUUCUUGGCUAGGCUUUGAGGUGACGUCGUGGAGGGGAGCUUAGGACUUAGGGCCGAGGAGGAACACAUUGGGCCAGUGGUUAGUCUUUGACCAAUUCUGACUCUCUCAGCUGCUGAGGAGCUUGGGUUUGUGUUGGGGAGAUGAAGAAAGGGAGAUUAGGGCUGAAAGGUACCAAAGAGGAGAUAGCAGAGAGGGAGAGGGAAAGAAAAAAGGAGAAAAAUACUACAGGAAAUCGUGUUUUCCACUCCCUCUGUGGGUCUUUUCCCCAAGUUGACCCACUUUCUUUACAGACAAAGAUAGCAGCCUCCUCCUCCCUCUUCCUACACACCACUCCAGUGGACUGGUUUUAGCGUAUGAAGGACAAUUCCACCCUUCCUAGAUGUCUUGGGAACAACUCGGCAGAGUGAUGAGAGGGAAGAGGCAGUCCCUGGCCAUGUAAGGAGACUGGUUCCCCAGCCCUCAGGGCACAUGACCUAACUUGGAUAAGGUUGCAGGGACCACAAAAGAGAGACUAUGCCAACUUGAACCAGCAGAUUCUCCACGUGCCCCAGGUGGCCAUGCCAAGCUCUGAGGACCAGGAAUUCUCCUGUUUCAAGCCCUUAUCCACAGUCCUGAAAAGUCUACACACAGCUCACCGUCGUUUUGGUCUUCCCUGGCAGAUCCUGUGUCGAUAUCAGAACAUAUGGAACAUCAGCUUGCAACUUCGUCCAAGUUUCCUGGCAGCCAUAAUAAUGGACAGUGAUAUGGAGGAGUACCGAGAGAAAGUGGGUGGUGACCAGAGAAUCCAAGUGCCCACCAAGGGAAUAUAUGGGUUCAACUCGUACUUGGAAAAACUUCGAAAACAGGAAUAUAUGAAGAAUGAACUCCAGUACUUGGGGAAAUUUUGUCAAGUUCCUAUUGAAAUUCCCAGGGAUCUUCGAGGGGUACUCAUAGAUAAAGGGAGCCUGAAUGCUAUGCGAUUCCUCACUUCUGUCCAUAUAGAGUACCCUGAGAUGCUGGAGAAAGUGUCUCGGGAGCUGUGGAUGCGCAUCUGGUCACGGGAUGAAGAUAUCACAGAACCUUGGAGCAUCCAAGCAGCUGCAGAGGAAGCAGGAUUUUCUAGAAAGCAGGCUAUGAGUCUACUGAAAAAGAGUUCAACUGAAGAAGUGAAGAACAAGCUAAGAGAGAACACAAAUACAGCCUACAAAUAUGGAGCCUUUGGGCUGCCCACCAUAGUGGCCCACAUGGACACCAAACCCUGCGUCUUCUUUAGCUCUGACAGAAUAGAGCUGCUGGCCCACCUGCUAGGACCAUCUGUAGAAGAUGCAUGAUUUUUUUCAUCCAGGGGAACAGUGGCAGGGCCCAGUGCCCCAGGCUUUGAAAGGCAAACUCUAAACAAUUGAAUAGAAGGAGGAGCUGCCCAACCCUAGGAGCCAGGUCCUUCCUCCCCACACUGUCCCCAUCAUGGAAUCCAGGAUACUGGGGUUCUUCAUUACCAUAUUCUCAUGUUUGAAGGAAAUGUGGUAUGGCAUCCUGAACGUAUAGCCCUGGGGUUGUCCUAUUCCUUCUGCUCACAAGUGCCUUAGAUAGGGCCCCAAUCUUCAUUGUUACAACAAAAUAAACGGCCCACUGGGGAAGAUU